UUGCUGAGAAUGCUUCAAAUGUGUUAGGAGUUCCGUUUGAGUACCGGCAACUUUCAUGGAGCAUUGGAGGCUACGGGACAUAUGAAGAUGUUAUUACCCUUGCAAACAUUAUAAAAGUCUUUAACCCUGACGUUAUUGGCCCCGCUCCUAAGAUUACAUUAAAUUCAAAACCAGCUUUGCUGAACGAAACUGGCUUUAACCUUGCAGUCACUGGAGCCAAUACAUAUGAGUUUCCAGACCAGACCAGACACCUGAUUGACACUUUCAAAAACUUCUCAGGGAUGAACUAUAAUGAGGAUUGGAAACUGUUGACCAUUCUUAUUGGAAACAAUGACUUGUGUGACUACUGUAAAAACAAGACUCUUUUUUCAGUGGAGAGUUUCAUUCAUAAUUUGACUGUUGCCCUGGACAUGCUCUAUGAAGAAAUGCCGAGGAUGUUGGUGAAUCUCGUCGAGAUCCUGCCUCUUGAGGGUCUUCGGGACCUCAAAAAAGAAACCUUAGGCUGUUUGCUUCAAAGGUCAUUCUGCUCGUGUUUGAUUUUGCCACCGGACAAUUCCACAGAACUGAAGGAGCUUAUUGAGAUGAAUUCAGUCUUCCAGAAGAAAAUGGAGGAACUGAUAGCAUCCGGCAGAUAUGACAAACGGGAUGAUUUUGCUGACAUUCUCCAGCCUUACGCAAAGAAUGCAGUGCCUCCACGGCUUCCGGACGGAAAAGUUGACUUUUCAUAUUUCACUCCGGACUGCUUCCACUUCACCAUAAAGGGGCAUGAAGAGAUGGCAAAGGGGCUGUGGAACAAUAUGUUUCAGCCAGAAGGGAAAAAGGACAUACUCGAUACCUUUACAAAUAUAAAGGCUAAUUGUCCACCAGUGGACCAUCCUUACAUAUACACCCGCCUAAGAGGUUCUGCAACACAACUCCAACCCCGUGUACUUUUCCCCUUCCUGCUUGUGCUGGGCUAUUUCUUUGGAUUUGUCCUCACUGACAGGAGAUGAAGAAAUAUCCAAAAUAUAUUCAGAUUUGUUUGUGAAUAAAUGAUUACAUCUGAAAGCCACAGUGUUGCUUAAGUAACAAGAUGAAUAAGGCUUUGGAGAGCUUUCCUGAGAAAUAUCUGACAAACGGAAGAGAUCCUACAAUAAACCAAUCAAACUAGUGCACACCCUAAAAACAUUUUCGUGCACAGUGACAUUUUCACAAAUUAAAGAUUUAUUCAUGUGUAGAAGACUGUGGCUGUCUCCAGGUAUAAAUAUUGUAUGAUCCUAUUUUAUUUAAUUUUUUUACAUUUUAUUGUUUAUGGUUUUAAAAAAACAUCAAUGUUCAGCAGUCUUAUAUAAUCCUAUAUAUUUUAUACAAUAUAUCUGAUUCUCAUAUUGUCUGUUUACCUUUUCUGAACUGGUUCAAUAAUUACACUAAUUCAAAUACCAG